AUGAUAAACAACAACACUGAAGGAGUCAAGUCUGUUCUCUCUCUGCAACUUACUUGGUCCUGUGUCAAAAAUCUCCUUGCUACAUGCCACCAUGCUUGUGUCAGAGAUAGGAUUGAAGAGGUGCACAAGCAGCAUCCCAAAUGGAGAGCCAGUAUGCAUGAGCAUUUCUCUGAGGCAAUCACUGAUUUACUUCCAAGUGGGGGGUUGACAGGUAACAAUAAAGUGAAACAACUGGUCAAACACACUUUGCACAGAGGUUGGACAGUUCACUUCCAAGAGCCUGCUACACCUGCUCCAACCAAGGCUUGGGAGCUGAAUGUCAUGAGUACUAGAUAUGGUGGACAAGAUGAGGACUGGGACAUGGAUGGCGAUGCUGAUUGGGAGAUGAAUGAUGACCCAGAUGACCCAACUGACUGUGAAGGACAGGAAGCACUGGGAACCAGUGAUGGGACUGAAACCAAAGUCAAGCAGGAACCUGUGCCCCCCACACCACUGGCAACUCAAACACUGUCAACCUCAAGUCAUUUUUUCACAACAAUGUUCAAGCUUGUAGGCUUUCAUCCCCAUUGGGAGAGUGGUAACAUGGACAAGCAAGGGGAUACAACCCAGGAGUCUGAAGAAGUGGCAGGAGUGAUCGAGGGGCCCAGCAAAGGACAAGGCAAAGGCAAGGCCUUGGAAAGCAAUUCAUUUGCUUACCCCAGCAGUCUGUCCAAUGAGAGUGAUAUACCACCAUGGUAUCUGCCACAUAAGAGUAAUCAUGAAGAUGAAAGAAGGCAAAAUCCAGGAGUGGGUGCAUGGCAACCCAAAGGAUCUGCCACAAAAAUCACAGCUUCAGCCCAAGCAGACCUGCAACACCUCAAAGACAUACUCAGAAGUGAAAUUUGGGAAAGUUUGAGACAAGAUAUUUCUCAGAUUGUCUUUUUCACUGUUGUGCAGGCUAUGGAGAAGUACAGUGGGAAUUCUACCAGCUUGCCUUGGGCAGCCAAGGCUGUGGCACCAAGAAGCAGUACUAUAUACAGCAAGACUCCACAAAAGUUGAAGGAUCUCCCACAGCAUCACCCUCCUGAGUGGAACACAUUCAAGCAAUCUAUUUGUGAAUAUACACUUGAGCUCAUUGGGCUUCCCACAGAUGUGAAGUCUGUGCUGUCAUCUGCUACAGAGGCAGCUAUAGGUGCAUGGGACCUCAAUCAUGGCCACUGCUGCAUGCUGGCCAAUUUCUGCAUUGACCUCGAAGGCAAUCCACACUCUGCAUGGAACAAGUCUGCAGUGAAGGUGUUUGCUACUGGAUACCUGAAGAAGUACAAGAAUUGUCAAUACCCUCAUGAAACCAUAGAGGAAGGUACUGCAAGGGUAAGGGUCCAGGAGCAUAAAGCCACCCACUGGCACAAGCAAAGAAAGGCAGAGUACUGGAGUGUCAGUGAUUGUGCUGUUGACAUCAUGCAGCAGCUUGGUGUUGACAGUAUGAGUUCUGAUGAAUUGGAGCAUGAAGGCCAUGGUGGAGAAGCAACAUAUUAUGCCCUCCACAAAGAUUGGCAAGAGUGGCAGGCCACAGCAGGUGCUUUGCCCCAUUUCAGAACAACUUCCUUGAAGGUCAGCAACCACCCUCCAGUUCCACAGCUUCCCACCAACUUCUAUUGUGCCAAUUGGUAUGCCACCCAGAAUGACUUCUCUCAGGAGAGGCUGCAGGCACAUCCUGCUGCACCUUCUCUUGAGAUACCCUGCCAGGUUUCCAUGGAGGCUCAAAAGUACAAUUUGGCAAACUGGAGGAUCAUUCAGGGAAAGGCUGCACCAUUCACUAGUUGA